AGUGACGUUGAGGCCACCAGUUAACACGGUCGCUCAUUCGACCGAAACACUCAGGCACACCGUCAUCGUUCUCCUUCCGGUCCUGUGGGUCAGUGGAGGUCCUAGCAGCGCGGAUUCGAGAGUCAGCCGGCGCCUGUAACCUGGAUUAUUAAUCCGCGUGUAUUAAUCUGUCUGCACUGCGCCGUGAACAACUUUAAACAUGUCUGGCAGAGAAGGAGGCAAAAAGAAACCGCUGAAGGCGCCUAAGAAGCAAUCCAAGGAGAUGGAUGAAGAUGAAAUGGCUUUCAAGCAGAAACAGAAGGAAGACCAGAAGGCCAUGGAGGCGCUGAAGGCCAAAGCUGCAGGAAAAGGACCUCUGGGCGGCGGCGGCUUGAAGAAAUCAGGCAAGAAGUAAAAGUUUGAAUCUGGCGACGAUGUUUGUUUCUUUGCCCCCCCCCCCAUCCUUCCUCCGGACUCCUUCCUGCGUCUGCGAUGUGUGUGUGCUCACUGAGAAGACUCCUCAACUUAACGUGAAACCUCAUCCACCUCCAACCUGCCCUCGUGUCGACCAGUGAAAACGUUACAGCCAAUGAAUUGAAGGACACGCAUCAUAAUCAGAGCAGGUCACUCAGUCAUACACACUAACCUUCACAUCCAAGAUUCAAGUGUUUAAAAAACACGACUCACCCCAACUUCUGUUCUUUUUUGUUGUUGUCUUGUAAAGAGGGAGAUACUAAUAAAGUUUUUUGUAAUUAC